AUGGAUAAUCGACCUCCGACGUCUUCCGCUCGGAGACCCCCGUCAAGCGUCCGGCCCAUAACCGGCAGGAGCAAUAUCGCGAACGGAUCCGUUCCGGGAACGGCGAGCCGUUUGGUUUCGGCUGCGGCCAAUCAGAGACCUGGAUCUCGUGCUACUCGUCCACCUUCCCAGAUUAGCGUUGUGGAUAGACCGACGACUCAACAUGGACUCUACGCUCCGAAGACGGGCACACGCUCGGGCACUCAGCGACAGAUCCAGGAUAAGCCUUAUUUUAUGGCGCUCAUACGAAAUAGGAUGUCAGAGCUGUACGGUGAAAUCAAUCGGCUUCAGAAAGAGAAUGAAGUCAUGCAGGAGGAACAACGGAACGCCGCGAUCCUGCAGAAAAAGGCAGAAGCCUUGGCGGCUGAGCUCAAGAGCCAUCAAGGAGAGCUGGCCGAUUACAACAUCGUGGUCGAUAAGAUGAACGUCAAUGAAGGCGUGGAAGACAUUGAAUCUGAAUGCGCCGAGUUGAAGACCCAAAACGAUUUGGAGGCUCGGGCUGUGGAGAAUCUAUUCGAGCAGCGACAAGAGAACGAGGCCAAAAUCCGCGAGAUCGAGAGGGAAAUUCUCGACGCUAGGAACACUGCGGACAAAGUGGUCUCUCAAAUGACGAACGAGCAACGACAGAAAUAUUUAGAGUUGAAGCGUCAGAGCGACUCGUUGACAUCGAAUCUCGAAAAGCUGCAAGAGGAAGCAGCCUCCAUAGUCGCGAAGAAAAAACAGCUCGAAGAAGAAGUCUCUCUCUCCCCAGUGAAACUCGAAGCCGUUGCACUUUAUACGAAGUUGCGAGAGGCUCAAGAGAAAAGAGAUGCGUUGCUCGAAGAAGAGGCGACCAAGGGAACUCCUGCACAGGAGCGGGAGCGUUUAUUGAAGCAGGUGAAACAGGACAACGCUCAGCUCGCGGGUAUCGAGGCUAAGAUCUCGGAGCUCACCAAGAGCAUGGCUCGCGCGAAGGAUGAGAUCGAGCAACUAGAGAACGAGCUCGACGAUCAGAACUCGGAGCGGUCAGCGAAAUACAGAGAGCUGAAAAAACGGGAGGAGACCAUGGACUCAUUCCUAGACUCGUUCGAGCAGACGAAAGCAGCAGAGCUAGAAAGACAGGAGCACCUGAGGGAGAGUAUCCUCAGGCUCAAGCAAGACACCGAUCAAAAAACGUUCCAGGCCGACAAUCUGCCGUCUCAGAGGGAAUUGCAUGAUCUGAAAAACGAUUUGAGUUUCAAAGAAGGUGAACUCGAGAAGAGCAAAUCUACGGUUACCGGGCUCGAGGUCGAACAGCGUAAGCUCGCGUCGGAUCUUCAGAAGAUGGAGCAGCUCGACAGUAAAGUUCGGCAAGAACUAUCCACCAUCAAAACGCGCCUGGACAAGAUGAAAGAGGAAAUCGUCAUCUACGAAGAUAUCGACAAACUCAAAACCCAAGCCCAGGAGAAGCGGGAGGCUCUCCUCAAAGAACAGACAUCUCUUCUUCUGCGUAAAGAUACCACAAAAAAGUACAUAGUUGACUCUCAGAGCAAAGAAGUCGAAGCGCUGCGACGUCAGGUCGAGCAAGAGGACACUUUCGUAAAACUGUCUAACCUGGAGAAACGAUGGCAACACGUCGAAGCGACAAACUUCCAAAUGAGGGAAUACAUUGCCUCGAAGGUUUCUGAGCACUCCUAUCGACACCUUCAACAGAAAAUCCAAUCGGAAGUUGCCACUUACAAUGAGCUCCUUCAGGACAGCCUGGUCACCACGGGACCCACGAUGCUCUGA